AUGGCUCAUAAAUGUUGGAAGACAUGGAUGAAAAUUGCUAUUGUACCUCUAAUAUUCAUUUUACCGUCUACAACUAGUGACUUUACAACAGAAUGUCAAAGGCCAUGUGACUGUAGAUGGCAAUCUGGAAAUAAAGCUGCAAUUUGCUCAAACUCAAGCCUAAGAAUAAUACCCGCAAAUCUCAGUAAUGACAUACAAAUCCUAGAUCUCUCUAAUAAUAAUUUAAGGCAAUUACACCAGGAAGCUUUUAAAAGAGUAGGCCUAAGUAACUUAAAAAAGCUAUUUUUAAGAGAGUGUAAUAUAGGAGUGGUUCAUAAGGCGGCAUUCAUUACUCUAGCUAUAAUGAUAGAACUGGAUUUAUCAAAAAAUUUGAUAAGAUAUUUACACCCAGACACGUUCAAAGGAACAGAAAAACUAAGAUUAAUAAAUUUAAAUAACAACUUUAUUGAUAAGUUAGAGGACGGUACAUUCCGCAACUUAAAGUUCCUUCAGAAAGUCGAAAUGAGCAAUAAUAGAAUAGUGCGAAUUGGUACCAAAGCUUUCGUUAACUUGCCACAGCUAAAGAUAUUACGAUUUGAUGGUAAUAAUUUGAAUCAAAUGAAACCUGAAACUUUAAGUGCACUGAGAAAUUUAUCGGGUUUGGAUUUGCACAAUAAUCCAUGGCGAUGUGACUGCAAUCUACAAUCAUUCAGAGAUUGGGUAAUCAGUCACAACUUGUACACUCCACCUACUUCGUGUGCGCAGCCGGCUUCAGUUCGAGAUAAACUUUGGAACGAGUUAGAUUCGUCAAGUUUUGCCUGUCGGCCUACCAUCCUAGAACCUUCACCUGAUUUGACUAUUAAAAGUUAUGACGAUAACGUUACGCUUACAUGUAAAGUUGUUGGAAAUCCUCCACCAGAUGUACAUUGGCGUUUUAACGGAAAACUAAUAGAAAUUAAAUCCUUUGGGGAAAUAAGAUAUUCAGUAAUAGAAAACACUAUGGAUUUAAUUAAAUGGACUAAUCUAACAAUCAUACAUGUUAGAUACAGCGACAGAGGUAACUACACGUGUGUUGCUGAUAAUCCUGGUGGAAGAGACGAAAAAACAAUUUUUCUUAUACUGUCCAAAUACGCUGGAAGGGGUACAAUAGCUGGCAUGGAUUCAUAUUCCUUUGCAAUUUUAGUUGGUUGUUUAACAGCAAUUAUUAUUAUCUUUGGUGCCGUAUCAACAGUAUGUUUCUUUACAUCUCAAAAUACAGAUAUGAAGAGAUUAAUCAAAACAGACACACGUUCUUCGAACGGAGAAGCUCUUAUUGAAGGGUCAGUAGCUUCUGAAACGGACAAAGGAAUAAAACUUGAGGUUAAUCCUGUGGCUAAGCCCCCUAGAAAAUAUGAAGUGACGUCAUCAAUAACUAGUGAAGCAACAGAGAUGUCAGAACUUAAUAAGACUUUACUAGAUAAUGAAUCUGUAUUAGCCGCCUUUGAAGAAAAUAUCAAAAGCCAUCGACAGGAAGUGGAUUUACCCAAAACAACAAAAGAAAUUUUGGUCGACCAUCUAACACAAGAACACCGGACAUUUCCUCCUGACCUUCUCUCAUUUCCUCUUAGAAAUAGUAAUCAAGAAUCACCUGUAUCCAGUGGUAUUUCAUCUGUUCCGAAAAAGCCAAAUUUAAAUCAAACACAUUUAGAAAGUCCAAUUAAAGCUCCUAUUUAUGACGCAAUAGCAAUUAAUUCUAGUGUCUACAAUAAAUUAAAUACUAAUAAUUCGUACCAAGGCACUUUACCGUACAUAAAUACAAAGGGUUAUGUUACUUUACCCAGAAGACCAAGAUCAAGUUAUCCUAAUAGCAUAUGUCCUCAAGCAUUAUCAACGCUUAACGGUGUUAUACCUUAUUAUGAUGGUUUUAAUAUGAAACUUUUUGGACACGGCGUUAAUUAUUAUAGCCUUAAUAAAAGCGAAAUAGAUUUAGGAGCAAGCGCUAGACUUUGUUUGCAAGAUGACUUAGAAGAAUUUGAACCAGCACCCUCUCCAGCACCAGGGACCCCACACGCAACAAUUCCAAGAAACAGUCUAAGUUCCCCCAAUAUUAAUAAUCAAUUGCUGACUUUACAAGCCAUGUCUAUGAAUGCGGCACUAGGAAGAAAAACAUCCCACAAAAGACCUUUAAAGGUGACGUUGGCUGAAAAUGAUAGUCUUCUUAAAAAUCAAAUAUAUGAUCAGCGAGCGUCUUAUAAUGUUAAAAAUGUAGUUAGUGAAACGUUAGGCAGAACUAGAACUGUAUCAAACCAACCAACGCAUCUCAAAAAAAGACAUUCGGGUGAAAUAAAAGAGCCCUUUCAUAAUAACGGAGAAAAUGCCACACAGGUCUAA